GUCGCUGUCAACGCAAUCAACCGGCUGUUGACGUGAACAUAUACAUUUCCACUUCCUCCAGUCGAACUAGAGAAUAGAAAGGAGGAUAAGGAUGCCCCCAAGGCUUCCAUUAGAGGCUUUCUGCCUCAAUCGGUCCAGCUGGACUACGCAAUUUCUCCUCGACACCACCACCAGACGCUUUUUCGGGAUCAGAUCUCUCACUCCUCCAAAACACACCUCAUACAAUGGCGGUCCCGACCUUCCUUUACUCAAAUCCACGCCGGCCGCUGCCCUCGAGCGCCGGUUGAAAGCAAACACCAUGCCGCUACGGACGGGACUGUUGGCGAUCAAAAAGGGUAUGACGGGUUUAUACGAUCCUGAGACCGGGAAACGUACCCCUUGCACUGUCCUGCAACUAGAUCGAUGCCAGGUUAUAUCUCACAAGACAAUGGAUAAGCAUGGGUACUUUGCGGUGCAAGUGGGUGCUGGGUUCAAGAAACCAGAACGACUCACAAAGGCUUUGGUCGGUCACUUCUCGGUAAAUGAAGUUGCGCCUAAGAGAUAUGUGCACGAAUUUCGAGUGAAAGAUGGGAAUGGAUUGCUGGAAAUUGGUCACACGUUAACCGCAGAUUGGUUUCAAGUGGGACAAUAUGUUGAUGCGCGCUCCAAUACAAAGGGUAAAGGGUUUGCGGGUGUCAUGAAACGACACGGUUUCCACGGUCAGGAUAGGAGUCACGGUGUCAGUUUGACACAUCGUUCAUUAGGUUCUGCCGGUCCUAGUCAAGGUGGUGGUUCUCGAGUUUAUCCUGGAAAGAAGAUGGCGGGAAACAUGGGUAAUGUGCAGAACACUUUGCAAAAUCUGAAGGUUCUGGAGGUUGAUCCCGCGAAUGGUAUUAUUGUUGUCAAUGGUUCCGUCAGCGGACCAAAGGGCUGCCUCGUCAAGCUCCAAGAUGCGCUCAAGAAACCAUGGCCGAAAGCCGAGUCUCAACCUCAAGCGGAAACUGUGACUGAAUGAUUCAUGGUAUAUCGCUUUUAAUUUCAUGUCUAUAAAAUGUACUAUUAUACAAUGUAUUUUGAGGUGGGCGUCGGGCUUUUAAGAACUCAUUUUUGGAGCAUGCUCACAGUUCAUUACCCUUAUUGAUACAAGAAUUCGUUUCGAUCCACAAGUAUGGCGCUAGGUUUUGUAUAUUCUCCCCUUCCUGUCUAAUCAGACAGCUUGAAUGGGUCCUGAUCCGGUUCCAGUAACUGGAUAACUUUUCCAUCCUCAGUCUCUAGACUCCAUUCCUCCGUGCGAAACUA